AUGACAUCUCAGACAGAAGAAGGCAGGGACCCAGCUGGCAAUGCUAUCAAAGAUUCCGAAGCCACUCCAAAUGACUAUAACACAGACAUAGAACCUGAAGCUGCUGAUCCUAACAGGGCCUAUCAAAUGGGAAAUAACCAAAUUGAAAGAGAAGGAAAUACUCAUGUGUGCCAAGAGAAUGAUAACCCAAAAGCAGUAGAGUGCAGUGAGCUUGAUGCCAAGAAAUCCCAGAAUGAUCAUCAGAACGAAGAUUCAAAAAAACAGUGUCUUCUAAUUCAGAUCCCUGUUCCUGGAAAAUGGAUCUUCCUCAGGUCAGGAUUAGGAAAGCUUGCCUUCCUGGGUAUACCUGUAGUAGAGAAUGAUAACAACCAUUCCUUAAGUGGUAAAUUAAGAAUAUCGUCAGGGAAAGUUGAGAUAAAAAAAAGGUUCUGUUAUUCCAACAUAAAUCACAGACUUCCUCAAUGGCCAAUUACAUGGAAAAUCCCAUUCAUCAGCAAUCAGGAUUUAAAAAGAAUGAUUCUUAAUCUGUUGUGUGGAAAGCAUCUCCCGCAAAGUGAACAUCAUCAAAAUACAAUGUGGAUGAAAAAUAAAUAUGUAAAAGUUUUUCCUGGCCCAAAUGCCCUCACCAAUUUUGAGAGAGCCCUAGUACCCAGAAGACCUUUGAGGAUGUAUUAUCACCAGUCCCUCACUGAGAGACUAACACCAAGAAUUUUUUACAAACUUGGUGAUACAAAAAGAAAGGAUAGAUUCCACAUUUUUGUUAGACCAAUGUUCUGUAUUCCACGAGCCCUAUUUCAAAUCACAAUUAGUAGGCAAACUUUUGAGACGCAAAAAUUGAGAUCUCAUUAUAUGCCAAUUGUAAUCAUUGCUAUCAACAGUUGUUGGAAAUACCUGUGCCCUAUAUGUGGGGAUAGCUUCACCAAUUUGAUUGCAUUUAGAGAGCAUUCUUGCAGCAUUCCCUGGAAUUAA